AUGGUGUCCGUAAUAAGACAGAAUUUCCAUUCUGAAUGUGAGGCACUGUUGAACAAACAGAUCAACAUGGAACUCCAUGCCAGCUAUGUUUACCAGGCUAUGGCUUUCCACUUCCAAAGAGAUGAUGUAGCCCUCCAUGGCUUCUACAAAUUUUUUAAGAAGCAGUCAGAUGAGGAACGUGAGCACGCAGAGAAGAUCAUGAAGUACCAGAACAUGAGAGGGGGCAAGAUUGUUUUGCAGAACAUUGAUAAACCAAUCCAAGAUAGUUGGUCAUCCGGUCUGGAAGCUAUGAUGGCUGCUUUGGAGAUGGAAAAAACUGUCAACCAGAGUUUGCUGGAUUUGCAUAAGAUGGCAGCUGGCAAGGAGGAUCCACAUCUGUCAGAUUGGUUGGAAGAACAUUUCUUGGACGAGCAGGUCGAGUCUAUCAAGUUGCUCUCUGAUUACGUGACUAACCUGAAGAGAGUGGGACCGGGACUUGGAGAGUACAUGUUCGAUAAGGAAACCCUUUCCAGUUAG